CACACAUAGGCUGUCUCUCUUGUCAAGAUACUUGUAUUAUUCGACACAGGGAUUAUCGCUUGGGCACUCCGGGACUUCUAUUUUUUUUUAUUAUUUCAUCGUUAAAUGUUUUUACGUUGUUGUUAGAAAAUUGUUGAACCUCUAACUUAACGUAUGAAGGGGCUGAUGAUGAAUGUGGAGACUCUGAGCAGGCCUGAGCUCCUGACGCUCCUCAGCAUUCUGGAAGGAGAGCUGGAGGCCCAGGACACAGUCAUACACACCCUGAGAGCCCACCACCGGGACUCGUUCCUCCAGGAGCGCUAUGGCCAGUAUGACCUCAGCGACCCCUUCCUGGCCCUGCAGAGAGACAGCCAAGCCAUGGAUGACUGGUCCCCCUCGAACCACUCUGACACACAAUCACACCCCCGGGGCAGUGCCGUGGGGCCUAACCCUUUAGCCGUUUUAAAGCUGGUCAUGGCCCACUGUAAGAGGAUGCAGGAGAGGAUGAUGGGCCAGCUGGCCGCCGCAGAGAGCAGACACAGGAGGGUGAUUGCAGAUAUGGAGCAGGAGAAGCGGCUGCACAUGCUGGAGUCGGCGCAGAAUAGUGAUGUCACCUUCGUGCUGGAGAAGGAGAGGGAGAAACUUCUGCAGCAGCUGGAGGCGGAACGUGCAACAGUUCAGAGGCUGCAGAAGGAACAGGAAAGAGCGGUAGGCAAGGCAGAGGAGUCUCUCUCCCAACAGCAGCAGCUGUCGUCCGCCUUAACACUGGAACUCCAGAGAACCACAAGCCAGGCUUUGGAGGAAACUCAGAGAGCUAGCCAACUCUGCCUGCGGCUCCAGGAGGAGAGCAGCACCGCAGAGAGCCUGAGGGAUGCCCUGGAGGCAGAAAAGGGCAGAGCGGCACGGCUGGAGGCCAGAGCAGAGGGCCUGCUGGCUGAGUUCGACACAGAGAGGGAACAGUUUAAAGCCAGGAUCAGACGGGAGGAAGAAAGGAGCAGGGAGCUGGAGAGGGAGGUGGAGGAGCUGAGGAGAAGGUUGGAGGGCGGAGGAGAAGAAGGAACGGUGGAGGAGGAGCAGGAAAAGGAUUCAAAACAGCUGGAAGAGUCCCCUCAUUCAAAGACUGCCAAGGUUUCCACCGGGAUCCAGACAGACCAUGAUGGGAAGGCAAGCAUUGCCCUAAAGGUGACCCCUGUGUCAAAGGUCAAUGGGCACCACCCUAUUCUUCUCCGGGAUUCUGACCCCCCACAGGAGGAAGGGGAUGUGGAAAGCGUUGGGGCAGAGAAUGGCCCCGGGGUGAGUCUUCCCUCCCCUCUCCACACUCACCUUCCCCAACAGCACCCCCACCAUCCCCAUAACCUCUCCCCCUCCAGCACGGCCUCAUCCUCCCUCUCCUCUUCCCCAAUCUCCUCACCCACGCUGACGAAGCGCCUGGUCAGCCCCGGUGGCUUCAUCGCGUCGUCCUACCAGGCCGGGGUCAACCAACGCUUCCACGCCGCCAGGCACAGGUUCCAGGCUCAGGCCGAGCAGGAGCAGCUCCAGCAGGCUAGCACGGCUCCGCUCUCCCCCCGGGAACUUUCCCCGGCCACCACCCCCGUCCCUCCACCACCGGAGAACAGCGCGGCCAAGCAGCUGGCCCGGAACACCGUCACCCAGGUCCUGUCCCGCUUCACCAGCCAGCAAGCAGGAGCAAAGCUCCCUCCGCCUAACAGCUCGCCAUUUGGCACUGACUACCGGAGCCUCGCGUCAUCCCCUUCGGGGGGGAAAAUGUCCCCUGGAGGACCCCUGUCCCCAGGUAUACGCUCGCCUCUCACCCCGCGUUCUGAGAAAUGCCACCUGCCCCCUGUUGCUAGAAAGCCUGGUAUGAGCCCUACUCCAGGAUCCCCGGGCACUACAGCCAGGGCCAGCCUCUUCCCAGAACUGACAGGAGGCUGCGGACUCAGCAGCAAUGGUCAGGAGGAGGCUAAGGAACCAGACCUCAUCCUUUCUUCUGGUAGCUAAUGGAUAAGGGCUACUGCAGCUAGAAGCUGCCAUCGGCUAUACGCUCCCCAAAUUAAAAACAAUCCUUAGGAUCAGUACCUGAGAGCAGCUUUGUCAUAUUCUCCAAGAAGCCAAGUGUCUUCUCCAGCAGCUAACCGCUAUGGGUCUCGUUCAGGAUACAGUAGUUGAUACUCUAAUCGACAAUAAUGUUAAGGCAAUGUUAACGGGUAGUCCUGCUUGAGAUUUUGGGUCGAUAGGACAUGACCUUUAAAUUGCAAGGGCAUUACAAAGUGGAUCUGUGAUCCUCCAGCAGGCAGAAACUGUUGCAAAUGUCUCCCACUACAUAUAAACAUUCUACAGGCCCUAUUUUAAACAGAUAAAUGAGCAACUUUAGAACAAAUUGAAGCUUAAGCACUACCUAGCAAAACAUAUGAAACACUGUCUAGCUUAAUUAUAUAGCACAUUUUAUCAGAUUUAUAAGAAUACUUUUAUUUAGAAUUUCUGUAUUUUUUUUAUUUUUUUUAUUUGUCUUUUCAUGCCUUGUUUUUCACAGCUAAUAUUUAAAAGGGAUCAUAAUAAUUAUGCUUUUAGUAUUUCUGUACGGACAUCAAUGGAGAGAAGAAAUACGAGUCCUCAGCUCCAAAUACUAGUCCUCAGCUCCGUCCACAUCCACUGCAGUCUGGUCCAAUGAAAUUAAACAAAGACUUAAUGGAGAUGGAAGUUUUUGUAUGGCAAUAACCAUGGAAUUUGUUGAUUGGUAUGUGUAUUGACAGCACUAUUUUUUAUUUUUACUGUAGCUUACCACUAUAUCUCGCAAUACCUGCACAAAGUUAUGACAUUUUUUAUACUGAUUUUCUUUUUCUCAUAACAUUUUUAUGUAUUUUAGAUUUGUUGACAUUGAGACCAUAGCACAACGACAAAGCACAAUGUUGUAAAUAAUAUUUAGGCUUCAUUCAAACCCUUCAUAGCAGUGUUUACGCAGAAUAUUCAUCCUGUACCCACACGCAUCUAUUUUUGAAAUUGUAGCUGAGUUUUUUUUUACAGUACCCAAAGGCUGAAUUAAUUAGAUAAAAGGAUCAAGACAUACUGCGUGGAUACUGCAAUGCGGGUUUGAUUAACGUGAGCCAUUAAUCAGACAAAAGUCAUUUUAAUUUCUGCAUGACACCCCUUUAUGUCUACAAUGCUGUGUGUCACAUAGACUAGUAAAUACACUGGAGGUUUUGACAGGGACGGGGAAGCCAUUUCUAAGAAAUACCUGACACUACAGUGGAAAAAUAAGGUGGCACCUACAGGGUCCUCCACAAUGAGUUGCCAUCUUGGGUGAAGAUGAGUUAAAAAAGUUGUGAAAUACUGCAUUGUUGUUUAUCAGCAUGAUCUUAGAAACAUCUAAUCUAUGAGGUGAAAUUGUUUAAUGGAAAAACUAAUUCUUAAUGAGGAAAUAAAUAUUCUGAAAAAUGUGUCCUAAUUAUUGGCACCACUGAAUUACAUAUUUUCUGCACCCUUCCCUAGCCAACAGCAUUGAGUCUUCUAUUAUUUUUGAUUAAGGAAAACACAAGGAUCAUUCAUCCAUACAGAAUCUCUCCAUACUCCUUGGUCCUCCCCUUCAACUCACCCAACAGGAUUUUAAAAAGUUUUUAGGUCAGGGAACUAUGAUGGACCUUUCAAAAGCUUGAUUCUGUGGUUGGUGAACCAUUUAUCUUUGGCUCUGGAGGAAGGCGUUUGAUUAUUGUCCUUUUGCCAGAUACAACGACAACCAAGUUUUAGCAGUUAUAGUCUCCUAGCAGAGGUUGCCAGAUUGUGGUCAAACAUCCCCUGAUACUUAGCAGAGUCCCCAAAACCAUGUUAACUAACAAGGUUUAACAUGGAAGGAAUACAGCCCCACAAUAGCACAUACAGUGGAUAUAAAACAUCUACUCACCCCUGUUAAAAUGGCAGGUUUUUGUGAUGUAAAAGAAUGAGAAAAGAUAAAUUAUGUCAGAUAUCUUUGAGGGGGAAAAAUAAAAAAGUCACAAUAACCUUGCUCUCAUAUUUGCCCUCUUUGGUCUUUUCCAUAUUUUAAAUGACUAGUAAAGUUUGAAAUGUAUUUCACCUUAUACUUAACCCUAACCCAAGGCCCUAUACUUAUACUCUAUGUCAUGGACGACCAAUCACCCAGAUGAACUUUGGGGGGGAAAGAUAUGGGAAGAAACUUCGAUGGAUUUUUAAUGGUGUCAAACAUGACAAACGUUUUUUUGAUUUGUAUUUUCUUUGAACAAUUCUACCUCAAUAAAAGGUUCAAUUUCACAUACCUUGAGUUCAAGAUCGAGCUGAUAAACAAUAUUUCUUCAUAGACAUUUUCCUCAUCUUCCCCUAGGAUGCCAACACUUCUGGAUAACAGUGUAAAUACCAGUACAAACAACUUUUUAUUCAGGUAUGACUAUAUUUUAUCCACAAGUAACCAAACUCAGAAGCUGUGCUUUCGGAUAUUAUUUGCAUCCAGUUAACCGUCCGUCCUUGCAGGCCUUGUCCAGUCUGUAAUGAAUGGGAAAAGUCUUCAGAAAUCCUCCCAGUCAAAACUCUGUUGAUAUAAUGGAAACAAGGACUAAAAUUACAAAAACACCUGAAAUAAAAAAUACCAAAUAAUA